AUGGGUUCUGUCACGAAAGUCAAGGCGUGUUUCUCAUGCACCAUCGGAAAGCGGAAAUGCGACAAAGUACAACCCGCCUGCGGCCGCUGUAACGACAGGGACGUUGAAUGCCGCUAUCCUCGAACCAAGCGGAAAAGACCGCACGUAUCUUCAACGGGAUCAGAAGAUGCCAGCUCAAGCACAGUCAACGAGGCAUCCCCUGCCCAAACCGACACUUUCUUGCCAUCGUUUCCUAGUAACCUAAUCAAUCCUCAAGAGUGGACUAGGAGUUUGGGAAACUUGAGCACUCUAGUCACGCCUGGACUGCACGAUACUGAAGGCCCUGCCAGCACCUCAAACCAGGGGGAUCCCACGCACUUCUUCCUCAAACCAGAUUCUUGGGUCAUUCAACACAUUCCAUUUACCACCCCGACCUUCUCGAAUUCUGUCUGCAUGAAUUACAUCAAAGGCAUCCAUGAGUUCUUCAAUGACUGGGUCAACAAUGGACACAGUUCUUUCAUGCACAGACAACUCUACGCAGACUCGGGAUACCCCGUUGCAAUUCAAGAUGGAUUUUCUUGCAUAACAUUACACAACGCCAAGACAUCUUCGAAUGAGGAUAUCGUUGACGUGAUUAUUUCCUCUAAACUAUCGGCACUACUCAAGUCCUAUCCUCGGAGUGAUGACGACACUGACUCGGCAACCGAUCUCGACAUACGAGAACAACUCUCUCGCACACAAGCCUUAUAUAUCCACCUAGUUCUGGCCCUCUUCUCUUCUUCUAUUGGAGCACGUGCAAAUGCUGAGCAACAUAUCCAGACGCUGUUAUCCUGGACCCGUCAGCUUUGGCAAGCAGCUAGUCGCGACCCAGACAUUUGCCAGCCCGAAAACAGUGACGGGUUUGCCGCAUCUACCAAUGCCAUUGUUCUCGAUGUCAUGUUUGACGGCGAUAGCACACCCCGACUCUGGCGAUCGUGGGUACUAUCAGAGAGCAUUCGUCGCAUUUUCCUAAUGGCCACAUCGACUAUUGGCGUCUACCUAACACUACGGCAGAAAUGGGCAGAGUGUCAAGGAGGGAUAUACUUCACUGCUCGCAAGGAUCUUUGGAAUGCCACAUCAGCGUCCAGUUGGGCAACUGCUUGCCAGAGCGGUAAUCCACUGUUUGUUUGCAGUUUGGAAUGUGAAAGCCUCUUCUUGACUGCAAAAGCAACUGAUGUAGAUGAUCUUCUCACCAAUAUGUUUACAAUUAUGUGGGGUAUGGAGAGAGUUGAGAAUUGGUUUGCGCGGACUGCUGAGCCUGGGCAAAGUGUACGAGUAUGGAGAGACAACAGUUCAGUCAAGAAGUGA